GCAGGAGAGACGCGGCCGGACGAGCGCGAGGACAUGGGUACGGAUGAAGCCCAAUAAGUGACGACAGAGAGACCGAAGCACCUGUGUGACGUCAUGUCCAACCAGAGGAGUUGUGGGAAAGCUCUGAUCAUCACGGACGAUGAGGAAGUGCAGGAGGAGGAGGAGGUGCAGGAGGAGGAGCUGAACCCCUUCUCCUUCAGAGAGUUUCUACGCUGGAAGACCCAGGAUCCAGACCAGAACCAGGACCUGGACCCGGACCAGGAGCAGACUCACAGUGAGUCCAGCAGCUCUCAGCUGGUGUUUGACGUUGGGAACGUGACCUUUGACCCUGACGUCAGGAGCUGUUUCUUCUCCGAACCCUCUCUGGCACCACAGGAGGAGGACGAGUGGGGGAGGAGCUUCCAGUCAGGUGUGGGCAGCACCUCCUCCCUUUGCACAGAGGAAGAGGAGGAGACCAGGUUCUCCUCCAAACCUGAAGUCCAGCAGGGAGGAGGAGCAGCAGGAGAGAACUAUGAAGGAGAUGAUGAGACCUCCAUCGCUGAACCGGUCACCUCCUGCAGGAGGAGGAGCGGGAGGAGCAGCCAGAUGCAACAGUUGAAGGAGGAGAACGUGUUGCUGAGGAGAACCAUCAGGGAGCUGCAGAAGAACUCAGAGGUCAGCGAACGCAGGGUGCUAGAGCUGUCGGAGGAGCUGCUCCAGAGGAGGCGUCAGGAGGAGAGGGAGGCUCAGGAUUUGGAGAACAUGGUUCACUCUGUGGAGCAGAACCUCCACCUGAUGACGAAGCGAGCAGUGAAAGCAGAGAACAGUGUUUCCAAACUGAAGGUGGAGCUGCAGCAGCUGCAGGUGUGUGUCUCUGUGUGUCUCAGGUGGAGGUCGACUCUCUGCGGUCGGAGAACGCCAGUCUGAAGGCAGCGGAGUCUGAAGUCGUUAUGACGAUGAAACACAACGCUCAGAUGGCGUCUGAGUACCUGAACAAGACAGCAAGCCACGCCCACUCCUCCAUACG